UUGGAAUGUUUAACAGUGGCCGGUUUAUUAAAGAAGUUUAUUAAAUACUAUUGUAUUUGUAGAAACGUCACAAAUAGCAACUUGUUAAUUUUGACUAUUAACUUUAACUUUAUGUAUAGUAUUAAGUUCAAUCCAAUAUAUGAAGCACAAUAUAGACUUACAACACUAAGAUCUUUAUUUAACCUGCCCUGGUUAAGCACACAGUGACUAAAUGUAGGUAUAAGCUUAAAUUCUUUAGCAUUGUACAAUGUAGUACUUUAUACGGAGUGAAAACGUACGGGUCAUAUUCAAGCACAGUUUUUGAAAAGUUAAGGUUGAGUGAUACAACGAGUUUAACUGCAUUAUUCAACGGAUCGCCAAAGACACACUAACAAUGAUUUCCGUUUUGUUAGCAUGUAGCUUGGUUCUAACAAUACAUUGUGCAGAUUUGAAUGUAUCGACGCCGGUUGGGGUUAUUAAAGGUGUUGAAGCGACAAUUAACAUUGAAGGAAUUAGAUAUUCAUUUAAAAAGUACCUUGGUAUUCCGUUCGCUAAACCACCAGUCGGAGAUUUACGAUGGAAAAAACCGGUUUCAUACGGAAAUCUGGGCGCGACAACGUACGAAGCAGUUGCUUACAAGAACACGUGUCCACAACUAUUUCUUCCGGGCAAUGAACAAGUAGAAAAAGAGGACGAAGAUUGUCUGUACCUUAAUAUUUGGGUUCCGGACAAGAGCCCCGCUCCCGACAAGGCACACGCAGUCAUGGUCUUUAUAUAUGGAGGUUCUUUCAUUAUGGGCUCUGCGGACAUGUAUAACGGAGAGGAACUUGUCAAUUAUGGUAACGUCAUCUUAGUAACGUUGAAUUAUAGAGUCGGCCCGCUUGGAUUCCUGAGCACCAUGGAUGAGAUCUGCCCGGGUAAUUUUGGAUUCUGGGAUCAGCGACUUGCACUAGAAUGGGUAAAUGACAAUAUAGGGUAUUUUGGAGGUGAUUCGGAGCGAAUUACGAUCUUCGGGGAAUCUGCAGGAGCUAUAGGUGUUGCUCUUCAAUCAAUGUACCCGGGAGAUAAUGGAAAGCUAUUCCAAAGGGCGAUAUGUGAGAGCGGGGUUGGAUCUGUGAGUUUCAUUAACUAUACACGCGAUACAACGUACAUGGUGAAUGCUAUAGCAGAGAGGUUGAAUUGUAUGGCAAGAAGUAAUGCAGAAAUUAUUACAUGUCUAAGACACGUACCAUGGAAGAAACUGAUGGAAGUUGUGAUGGAUCUAAAUGAAAAUCAAACACGACUUGAAUAUAUCAACUUUGAUCCUGUUCUUGACAACGAUUUCAUAAAAUAUGAUCCAAAAGAGCUGAAAAAACUUUCGUCAGACAGAAACACAGAGGAAGUUGAAUUUUUCCGAAGCAUUGAUUUUAUGAACGGGUUUAAUCAGUACGAAGGUGGUAUGUCCCUGCUGUACUUUAUUGCUGGAGAUAUGGAUGUCUUCAAGCCUACAUUUUCCGAUUUCGUUGACCUUAUUCCUGACGCAACAUUUGUGAUUGGUGAAGUUCCAAUUGAGGUAGUUCCACUAAUUGCUCAUGAAUACACAGACUGGAAGGAUCCGUAUAAUUACGAAAAUAUACGACUCCAGUACACACACCUUCACGGCGAUCUCCAGUUUGGUUUUCCAGCUGUGGAAACUUCCCUUCUUCACGCAGGAGGUUCCGACCAGAACAGAAAAUCUUACAUGUUCCAUUUCCUCCCUUCCCCAACCAACCGGUUUUCGAUAACUCCCACCUGGCUGCCGGGAGCUGAUCAUGGUGAAGAGUUGGCCUUCGUUUUUGGGCUGCAGUCUGAUCCUGGGAUCAAACAGUGGGAAUUAGACCUGUCUCGUAAAAUGAUGAAAUACUGGUCAAACUUUGCAAAGACUGGAAAUCCAAACGCCGAAGGUCAGGAUCUUUUAUUCUGGCCGGAGUACACACUUUCAAAACAAGAAUGCAUGUCUUUUGACAAGACCAUGGACAAUGACUCGGUGAAACAACACUUUUAUGCAGAGAAGGUCGAGUUCUGGACGAAUGUGUAUCCAACUAUUAUAAAGGCGCUAGAAGGUGACCGAACUUGUCCUCCCAACGACGGUCCAGUUAACGGUGUUGGAAGGUCUGUGAACAGAACCGGCCACGCGAUGUUUGCUCUUAUCUUGCUGUUUGCUUAUGUUCUACAUUAAAAUUUAACCCGUCUCUCAGGUGUUGUGAAGACGAUCGAGUUAUAUGUAAUAUUUGUAGUUAUUAAAUAUUUGGUCAUUCGGGAUACUGAAAUACGCCUCAACCACUCUUGAAAAACAAUACUAACGAUAUUAUCAAGGAACGUUAACAGUGUUACACUUAUCAUUACUAUCUAAGAAUAAUCAUAUUUAACCCGAGACUAUCGUGUUCAUACUUUAGAUUCUUUAUGUGUUUUCGAAAUAGCUCUCUUCUAGAACGUAUUCAUUAUAACAAUAUGUCCAAGUUGGAAGUAGUUUAGCACAAUGUUUCACACUCGUAUAGAAAAUAAUUUCAUAUUAAGUGUUCAUAUAAUAUUUAUUUACUUUUGUCACUAGCGGGACCAGGGGAAAUGGCGGCCACGCCUAACACCAUUGCCAAAGCGAACUGUUUAUGUCAAAAAGUCACCAAGAAUAUGCAUAUAUUAUAAGUACUCCUUAUCCCCAUUCCAAACGUAUCAUUCAGUUUGUGAAUGCUGCCUCUUUCUAUAAACCCAGUAGCGGCUUCGGUUUGUCGUUAACACUUCUUUUCAUUCAAUUUUACAAUAAAGUUCAUUCAUCAUUGUCAAUCUCUGUUCUUUAUAUAGUAUUAUCAUUUUAUUGGACUUAAAGCCAAUCUGUUUCUCAUGUUUUGUAAUUUCAAUAAUGAAUUAAAUGUUGAACUUAAACAACUGAUUCAGAUGUAUAACGAUGCUUUUACAGAAAUAUUAACUUUAAAUACUUUUCAAAAAUUAAAAAAACGAAUUCUCAAAAUAAAACUUCAUUCCAAAUAUUAGUGUUCUAUUUUAUUAUCAAUUAUGAGUAAGACCAGAAUGUAAAGUUGAAACCUUCAUCGCAUGUUCUCUUAGCAACUAUAAUGGUUUCAUGCUUAAUCGUUUGAUUUCUGGUUUACAGUAAAAAUGAAUCUCACGCACCAGCAAAUAAAUAGCAAUCCACACCAUAAUGCCUCCUUGGUUAAUCACGAUGGUUUUUUUGUUUAUCGAUUGGAAUGAAAUAGUCCGAUGCCAAAUUCGAAUAAAUUACCGUAUA